AUGAUUAACUCGUUAUAACGAGAUACUAACUCGUUAUAACGAGAUAAUUAAGUCGUUAUAACAAGAUAACUAACUCGUUAUAACGAGAUACUAACUCGUUAUAACGAGAUAACCAACUCGUUAUAACGAGAUGCGAACUCGUUAUAACGAGUUAGAUUUUUUUUUCACUUUUCAAAAAUGAGCCUAUCCGGCUUUCGUAGUAUUUACCUUUUUAUCUAGGGUUGUUUUUGUUUUGUUUUUUUCUUCUCCGAAUUCAGUGAAGCUGAUAUAUGGGCUGAUUAAUUUUGCUCCUUUUGGGGGAACAAUCUAGGACAUUUAGAGAUUACAUGUAUUUGGGUCAUGCAUAAAACGUAUUCUCUUUAGAAAAGUGGACAGACAUGCUUGACUACUUCUCUAAAGAGAAUAGUGUAAAACGCAGUGUUAACUGGAGGUUACGUUUCGUUUGACGAAAUUUCCUAAUGUUAACAUAAACUCAAAUAAUUGAAGAUAUCUUCAAUUAUUUGAAGAUAUCAUCAAUUCAUCAAUUAUUGCUCUCUUUAAUUGAAUUAAUGCGCGCAUUAAAUCAAUUAUUGCUCUCAUCAAAUGAAUUAAUGCGCGCUGCAAUUCAAUUACUGCUCUCAUCAAUUGAAUUAAUGCGCGCAUCAAUUGAAUUAAUGAGAGCAAUAAUUGAUUUAAUGCGCGCAUUAAUUCAAUUAUUGCUCUCUUCAAUUCAAUUGAUGCUCUCAUCAAUUGAAUUAAUGAGAGCAAUAAUAGAUUUGAUGCACGCAUUAAUUCAAUUAUUGCUCUCUUCAAUUCAAUUGAUGAGAGCAUCAAUUUAGUAGAAAUAUUGCGCGCAAUAAUUAAUUUAGAGCUCGAUAUAAAUAAUUUGAUGAUCUCUUUAAUUCAAUUGAAGAUAUCUUUAAUUAUUUACAAUGCUAUUGUAUAAGGAAUUAAUGCGCGCAUCAAUUCUUUUAAAGAGAGCAACAAUUCAAUUAAAGAGAUCAUUAAUUCAAUUGUGGAUAUGUUGAAUUGAAGAUAUCUUUAAUUAUAUAGUUGCUCUCUCUAAAAGAAUUAUUGCUCUCUUCAGAUGAAUUAAAGAUAUCAUUAAUUCAAUUGAAGAGAGCAAUAAUUGAAUUAAUGUGCGCAUUAAAUCAAUUAUUGCUCUCAUCAAAUGAAUUAAUGCGCGAGAUCAUUAAUUCAAUUAAAGCGCGCAUCAAUUCAGCUGAAGAAUUAAUGCUAUCAUCAAUUCAAUUAAUGCGCGCAAUAAUUCAGAAUUGAAGAUAUCAUUAAUUAUUUGAAGAGAUCUUUAAUUAAAUUGUUGCGCGCAUCAAAUGAAUUAAUGAUAUCUUCAAAUAAUUGAAGAUAUCAUCAAUAUCUUCAAUUAAUUGAAGAUAUCAUCAAUAUCUUCAAUUAAUUGAAGAUAUCUUCAAUUAUUUGAGUUUAUGUUAAUUUGGCGCUCCAUAGUGUUUGGAUAGAGCUUUUACCAAAUACUCGCAAUUUUGAUGCUAAAUACAUAUAUACCAAUACAUACUCAACGCCACAAAGUUUCAGUCAGAGUGUACUUUUAUGUAUAAAAAUUUGGGCAAGCUCAAACAAAGUCAUAAUUCAGAGGGUCUUCAUUUGCAAAUUUCGAGAUCACCAGUAUAUGAAUUCUAUUGCAAGGGACUGUUUCAAAAUUCAAUUAUCGAUGCAUUCAAAGAGGACCUCCGGUAGAGCUAUAGUGUUAUAUAGUAUGUAUAUACUUCUCAGUUUUUUGGAGGUGUGGGUGUUACUGUACAGGUAUUACAAAGUUGAUAUUUACAGUUUAAUAUUUAAUAUGAAAUUAUCCCUUUUGGGAGUGAUCCUUAGAUUGGACGAAUGUACCGGAUGUGAGAUCAGUUAAACUCGUUACAUUGAAGGGUAGGUAAUACAUAUCGAUAUGUUAUACAAAAGUCUCCACGCAUGACUGAUGUUGUACAGGUCCACAUAAAAACGAUGAAAUGGCUGCCACUGAGUUGUGUUCUCCGAAGAUAAACACACUCGACCGUUUUAUUCCCUAUCGGCCCAACCUUGAUGUCAAUGUCGCCCACGCCCGGGUGAUGAGUCCACCCAGUGAAACGAAGAAGCACCCGUCGCCAUGGAGCAAUGAUCGACAACGACUCUAUAGUGAUGUUCUUGAUGGAAUUCUCGAUACCCCGGGACAAAAACGAGUGUUACCGAUAACGCGCUGUCAAAGUCCAGAGACUCAAAAUGAUCUCAAACUUUGUUCACAAAGGCCAAGAAGACGAGUGAUUACGUCGCCUAAAAAUAUCCUUGAUAUGCCUAAAAUCCGAAAUGAUUUCUACACCAAUGUACUUGACUGGGGACAAUCAAACAGGAUCUUGGUUGCUUUGGAGAAGACUGCAUAUAUCUGGGAUGUCGAAUCAAAACUUUGCCAGAAAGUAGAUGCUGUAAAAGACGAGGAGGCCAGCUCUUAUUUUGUAUCUGCUGUCUGUUGGGAUAACGAGGGCCAUUUGGUGGCAACAGGAGACAGCCAAGGGCAUUUAAAGGUUUUCGAUCCAGAAACGGAGAAAACUGUUCGGAGUGUAAAUGGAGAUGGAAAGACCACGGUUAGCGUAGUGAAGUGGAGGAACAACGAAAUAUACACUGGAGAUCGCAAAGGAGGGGUUUUCCAAUACGACGUCAGAUGUCCCACCAUGGCUGGUCGACUGGUUGGACAUGGACAAAAUGUCUGUGGAAUGGCGCUGUCUGAUAAUUCCCAUGACAUGGUGACGGGUAGUAACAGCGGAAUUGUCAGGUUAUGGGAUUUACGAACGCAUAAGUGUUUCAGAACGAUCAAAGCCCAUAGCGCAUGUGCUAAGGCGCUGGCAUGGUGUCCAUGGCGAUCCAGCGUUAUAGCAACCGGGGGCGGAGCACAAGACGGUUAUAUUAAACUGUGGCAGAUUCAUACAGGAGAAUUGAUUAGCGAAACCUCAACCAAGUCUCAGAUAUGUGGGUUACUAUGGUCAGUAGAGUACCAAGAACUUGCUUCCACCCAUGGAUCAGUAACCCCAGAGAAUAAUGACAUUGUUUUGUGGAAGAUGUCAAGGUUUCAGUUUGAACCCCUGGCAAGACUGCAACAGCAUCUAGCACGGCCUCUUCACAUGGCACUCAGUCCUGAUGGCACCACAAUUGCUUCCGCCGGAGUAGAUGAAAUUAUGUGUAUCUGGGAAUGUUUUCCGGGAAAUCGCGAACACCACCGGAAACUAUCAUCGUCAUCACUCGAUUUGAACCAGAUGAUCCGAUGACAUUGACCAAAGUCUUGCUUCAAGUUUUCUUCCUAUUGUCCAGAAGAACUAUAUAUACACUACCUGUAAAUCCAUUAGUUAGAAGUUAUAAUUUCAAUUGUAUUUAUAUGUGUUAAAUUUAUGUUUGUUGAAUAUUGUAAAUUAAAGAAAUAAUUAUUGUA